CGCACUCACUGUUCCGCGCGCAUUGACUGCGGGGCUGCGCAGCUCUCACACGUGCAUCAGGCAGCCGUCACUCACAGCGAGUUAUCAGGGGGAACCUCCUGCUUCAAGUCCAGCCCGGCAAAGGGAGGGAACACUUCAAAUAUGGCUAAGCACCUAUCAGACAGACAUGCCGAACUUUUCAGAGUUUCAAAGAACGACAGCCAAGAAUUCAGCGGAACUGUCUAUACCAGAGCCCAGCUGCACCAACACGGAAUGUUUUUGUGCAACACCUCCGAACGCGGAAGUGAAACGCCGCUGCCUUGUUUAUGUCUCCGUCGCUGCCCCGAGUAGCAAACAUCAUUCGGUGAAGCAGGAUGGCGGUGAGCGCCGUGCACCUGGAGUCGGACGCCUUCCUCGUGUGUAUGAAUCACGCGUUGAGCACGGAAAAGGAGGAGGUGAUGGGUCUGUGCAUCGGCGAGGUGGAGAUCGCCAAGAUCGUCCACAUCCACUCCGUCAUCAUCCUCCGCCGCUCGGACAAGAGGAAGGACCGCGUGGAGAUCUCCCCGGAGCAGCUGUCGGCGGCCUCCACGGAGGCGGAGAGGCUGGCCGACAUGACCGGCAGGCCGAUGCGGGUGGUCGGCUGGUACCACUCCCACCCGCACAUCACCGUGUGGCCCUCCCACGUCGACGUGAGGACACAGGCGAUGUACCAGAUGCUGGACCAGUGCUUCGUGGGCCUCAUCUUCUCCUGCUUCAUAGAGGACAAGAACACCAAGACGGGCCGGGUGCUUUACACCUGCUUCCAGUCCGUGAAUGCGCAGAAGGGCUCCGAGUACGAGCGCGUCGAGAUCCCCGUGCACGUCGUGCCGCGCGAAGCCAUCGGCAAGGUGUGCCUGGAGUCGGCCGUGGAGCUGCCGCGGAUCCUGUGCCAGGAGGAGCAGGACACCUACCGCAAGAUCCACAGCCUGGCGCACCUGGACCCCGUCACCAAGAUCCACAACGGCUCGGUGUUCACCAAGAACCUCUGCAGCCAGAUGUCCGCGGUGAGCGGGCCGCUGCUGCAGUGGCUGGAGGACCGGCUGGAGCAGAACAAGCAGAGCAUCGUGGAGCUGCGGCAGGAGAAGGAGAGGCUGCUGCUGGAGCUGGCUGCUGUGUGAGCCGGGAGGACUGUCUGUCAGCCACCUGUUUGUGCUUGUUUAUAGGUUUUUUGUUUUAUUGCAACCGGAAAAUGUCCGUAAUAUGAGGAGGAAUCAAAUACUUUCAAAUUACAAAAGGGUUGCACGGUAGUCUGGACUGCUUGUUUUUGUUUAGAAAUGCUCUGAAUCUCUACUUUGUGACAUAACAUUUAGGGAAAUCGUCUUACAACUGUGCGGCCGCAAAUAACGUUUAUUUUCACUGACUAAUAAACUGCCAAAUAUUUUCUCACUCCCUUGAUCAAUUAUUUGUUAAAGUAUCCCUGAAAAUACCUUCUUUUGUCAUAAGGUCCUCAAUUUACAAUCAUUAAACGAUGUAAACUCUUGAAAUGCUAA